UUUUCGCAUAUUAUACGUCAGCCUAGGGUUUGUGAUUGAAAGUACAAUUUGCCCCAAAUUCUUUGUAAUAGAUGGCUACAGAGGUUUCCGAAUGGGAAGUCAUAAACGACGAUGGCUUUAUCUACAAGCGGAGAAAGACGCAGCAGCUGCAAGUUUCGAGCUCUACCACCUCCGCCUCCACCUCCGCCGCCCCGGCGCGGCCAAAUCCGGCGGUGGCUGAACUGAAAAGGAAGAAACGGGUUCUCUUAAGAAUUUCAGAGAGGUUUGAUAAAGAGAUUGAAGAAUUGGAGGCCUGGGAGAAAACAUUGAACGACUUGAAAGUAAAUUCGAAAAUCCAACAGCAGCAAACUAGUGAUCCGCAGCCGCAGCCGCAGCCACAGCCACAGCCGGAGCCGCAGCCGCAGCUACAGUCAUCGUCGGGUUUCAGCUCAGUUGAUCAGCUCCUCUCUCAGGCUGAAGCUCGAGAAGAUGUAAUUCGCAAUAUAUUAAAGCGCUGUGAUGUUGCUGAAGCCCUAUGCACUGCAGCAGAAGAAAGGGUAAAACAACCAUUUUUUGAUCUUCCAAUUUGGGCACAUUCGCCUCGCAGUCUUAUAAAAUCAUUAGGUGAAGAAUAACUAUGAGAAUGACACUAGAGAUAACAGUUGAGUUUUGCUGGCAUUCACAGAAUGCAGCUAAGUUGAAUUGUAUUGCAAGUUUGCUAAAGUGGUUGCAAGCUCAACUUGGCCCAAGCUUCAUGAGUGAACCACCUAAAGAACUAUAUACGACGUGUUUCUUAGGUGACUGAUCGAGCGAUAACAACCAGGAGGUUGGCUGGUUACAAACACAACUUUCUCAUAUUUUGGCAUGUUUAUAUUAGUAACAUAUUGUUGUACAUAUUCUGAAUUAAUGCAAAACUAAACGGAAGUUCAUUAACUUUGCGUUUGCCUUGUGCUUUUGUGUAGGAUAGUUAGUUGAGAGAAUUACAUGAUAACUCUUCUAUAAUAUUGGGACAGUUUUCAUGUUCUGCAGAUUGUUUCCUUAGACUGUA